AUGUGGAAGUGUUGGGUGUGUGGGCUGGGCGACCAGUUCGGCUUCCGCACCCACUGCCGCGACCCCCACAGCCAUGCGCCACGUGCUGGAGGUGCCUGUUCGGCGGCUCGCGCGGGCGCAAAGCAGCAGGCGGCCUCCCUGGCGGCGAAGCUCAAGGCGGUCGAAGAGCGGGAGAAGGCCCUCCAGGCGAAGGCCAAGGCCCUGGAGGACACUUCCGCCGAGGCAGGAGCUGGGGCGGGCCAGGAGAACGCGCGGCCCUGGACCAAGGGGCCGAGCGAGGCAGAGAAGUGGCUGCGCAAGAAGAAGUGGCUCGCGCUCGCGGACGUGAAGGCGCAGCUGCGGUCAGUUCGCGAGUCGCGGGACCGCACUAAACCCACGACUGCGCAGCUGCGCGAGGCCAACUUCCGCGCCGAGAAGGCGGCGGUCACGCUGGUCGCAGCGGAGGCUGAGGAGCAACGGUGCCAAGCAGCACUGCAGGCGGCGUGCGCCAAGGUGCAGGAGGCCAAGCAGGCUGAGGAGGCGGCUCGCGCGUACCAGGUCGAGGUCCAGGCUCGCGUUGAUGCAGAAUUGCCGAGUCGAGGCGUCGCCAACGACGUGGGCGUGCCCUACGUGCAGCGCGUGCACCUCGCAGGCCGAGUGGGGGCCAGCCUCGAGGAGCUUGGGCUGGCAGCGGGCCUCGCCAAGCUGGCAGCCGACCUGGGGAAGAGGAGGCAUGGCUCGCUGGUGCUGCAGCGGCGCCUGAUAGAGCCACCCAGCCAGACAAUCACAACCGCUAUGUCGAGGUGCUGCAGCAGGCGAACUCACGGCUGGCGAAGAGGCCGCGGCAAGGGUAAUGCGCUGCUCUACGUGGUGCUUCAGGGCCACAGGAUCGGGGUCGCGCCGCCUCCGUGGGCCAAGGAGGUCAGGCAGUUGCUGGACUCCACCCUCUUGUUGCCGUGGGGUGCAGGGGACGAGGUGCGUGAUGACAGAGGUGGCUCCGAGGUUCACCCUUGUGCGCGCGGGGCUGGCGGUGCGAUAUCCAUCCAGGCGGCGGCGCGGAAUCCUGGACGAGAGCCAGUUCAAGUUGAUGGCGCCACGGACACGGACGUGAGCCCCCCCCGCCCCGCAGGAGGCCUAGGCACAGGGGGGCCGUUGACGAUGGUGAAGCCGUACAUCACAGGUGGCGACUUCAACGUAGAGUACGACGAGCUGGUGCAGAGCGACCUCCUGAAGUGUUUCGACGCAGAGGUUGCGAGGCCAGCGGUGGCGACCUGCGCCGCCUCGGGCAGGGCCAUUGACUUCUCCCUGGUCCCGCGCGAGAUGCAGGUUGUCAGUGUGCAGAUGUUGCCAGGAUCGCCCGUGCUUUCCCGCUCGCCUGUCAUCCUGAAGGUCAAGGCACUUGGGGCGCGGCCGCGGUUGCAGGUCGCGCAGGCGCACAAGCUCUUCCCCACGGCGAGGCCGUCGGGCUGCUGCAAGUCAGACCGGGAUGCCACCCGGGUCGAUGUUGGUCAGUCUGUGCAGCGAGUGCUUGACACCGCGCGAGGAGAUGCAGCAGGGGGCGAUAGCAUGAUUGGGCAGCCCACGGCGCUGACGAUGGCCUGGCGCACUUGCCUCGCGGCAGCGGAGCAAGACCAGGUGGGCAUAUUUCAAGUGGAUGACAAUUCUCAGGAGUACGUCGGGGGCGCGCCCGAGCGGCUGCAGGCCAGGGCUGCUCGGGGGCAGGCCCCCGGCGCCGACCGCGCCGCGGGCCUGGCAGGAGCCGCGCUGCGGUAUGCCACGGUUGCAGAGGGCACGGGCGAGCGCACGGCGACGUCGCUUUCAGAGCUCUGGCGCCAGAGAGGCCGCACGCCAAGGGUCACUCCGGCAGAGAGCGCCACCCUUUCACGCGCAAACGAAAGCUGCCACGGGGCGCACCUGGUCGAACCGGAGCUGCGGGUCAGUGCCACCGCUGCGGGCGCGGCCUCUCCAGACGAGGCUGGGGCUAGAAGCUGGCGCAGCAUGCAGAAGGACGAAUGUUCGCAGAUCAAGGGGAAUUGGGAGGGGGCCAUGUGGGAGCGCGCCGUGCCGCCCUUACGGGCAGAGCGGGCGGCGGGCGCGCUCGCCGCCGCCCGGCGCGGAGCUCCCCCGUCGGGCACCCUGGGGAGCUGCGCGGUGCACCCUGGGGAGCUGCGCGGUGCGGCGAGGGGCAAGCGGACCCUGCGCCGAGGGAUGGAGCACCGCGCGUGCAGGAUGGGGCCGUACACGGACACGAAUGCGUGGACGUGCUCGCGGACCACGUACACGUGGUGGCUCUACCGCAAGCUGGCGUGGCAGAUGCCCUGGCACGUGGAGCACCACGCCUGGCCCAACGUGCCCUUCCACAAGCUGGAGAUGGUGCACGGGAUGGUGAAGUCCGCGUGCCAGGCCCAAGGGCUGCGCGCCGCGCCCACCGGGUGCGACCCCGACGGAGGUGUUGGGUACAUCGGGAUCCAGAAGCAGAUGUUCCAGCGCAUGCUAGGCAACAUGGGUGCUACUGCAGCCAAGGCUGCCUGAGUAGAGAGGGCCGUCAAGCGCACGUGAGUCCUACGUUGGUGCCGAAUUAGAAUGUUUAGUUCCCAUGGACUAUACAACAUAGUUCUCAUCAGCGUUGGUACCCACACUCCAAUCAAUACGGUUGCGCGUCGCCGCCAACUUACCGCCAAAUGCGGGUUUUGUUACGCCGUCUUCUCCGAAUGGUAUCCAGAUGGUGGCUACGGAGUUCUUGCCCACUCUCUAGCGACCUGAUUGCAUGUGGCUGCCCCGUAUUCCACAGUUACCAGUGCCCGUUCGAGGUGCCCGCGUGUAUCACUAAGGUGUUCCUUGAUUUCCGCAGGCAUGUGCAAGUCACAUAUGCUUUACUCCAGAUUUCGUAAUACAAG